ACUUGCUCUACAUAAUUUAUGAGCUUAAGAAACGGCUCGGAUAUAUGAUUUUUUACUCGAUCAGUAUUUUAAAACAUAGGACACAAAGUAGCAACGUAUAUCUUAUACAUCGUUCGUGAUAUAAGUAAUUACGUUUUGCAAUUAGGAAAGAGUAGGGAUUCAUUCAACCAAUCAGCCGCAAAGUGAUAACCACUGAUUCUGAAUAGAACAGAUACGAUAUCUGGUCAAAUCUCCAUGUCACGUAUAUUACAAGUGUUGAUUUUCGACUAACCUCUGACACGGUGUAUUUCGUCCGUAAAAAUGGAUAAAAGCAAAUUGGAUACAUCUAGGUCAGGGUAUCGUGAGGAUAUCUCUAGUCAUUCUAAGAAAAAUAAGAAAAGAUCAAGUAAAAAAAAUAAUAUACUUGGUUUAUGGAUGAAUAACAUGCAAAACAAUCAAAAUAACGAUAUGGUACCCGGAAUGGAGUAUCAGCAUCUAUUAUGGCAGUCCAAUGUCCAACAACAAAACUUUUCGAACAAUGGACAGCGUCUUUUUACAACAACGUCCGAUCCUAGCAUGUGUGGUUAUACACAGAUGCCCAUGACGUAUACCAUGGAACCUGUUUCACUUCCAACCAUGUAUAGGCUAUAUCAACCAGUACCGUUUUCUGGUAUUAGAACUGUUCACGGUAGACCCAGACGGCAUUGUAAUCAAAAUUUUCCAAUGAAUUUGAAUAUGAAUUCUAUGGGGAAUGGUUACUCAAGUUUACAAGAAAAUGGAGUAGAAUCUUCUGUGCCUAUUAAUUAUCAAAAUGGAGAUUAUGCAAGCUUGCCACCUACUGGUAACAAGAAUAAUGAAAUAAAUGGGGAUGAGCCAAAUUCAGAGCAUCGAAGGUAUUCAGAUCCUGGUCUUGGAUCUGCAGAAGCUCCAGUUCAAACUCAGAGCGAAGAUUCUGAUAGUAUCGAUAGUGGAAGCUCUAUUACUACAGUUGGACGUAGCAAUAAGCUCGUCUUAUCUCUUAUCGAACAGAUGACAGAACUGAAAAAAGGCAACAGUCAAUUGUUCAAAGAGUUAAAUGAAACAAAAUCGGAACUAGGCAGUAUGAAAGCAAAACUAGCACAAUGUAAAUAUAGCAGCUCUUCAGAUUAUCAACCAGGAAUGUUAUCAGAUUUUAUUCGCGAAAUUAGACAAGCCAACAAAACAUGCGAGGAGGGAUUGAUCUCUAAAGUAAAAUCUAUGGUGGAGGAAAAACUGAACCAAAGGUCGUUAGAAGUGGCAAAUUUAAACAAUCGAAUAAUAAAAUUAACGGAAGAAAAAGAGGAAAGCGACAGAAGAAUAGCAAAAUUGGAGGAGGAAGUGGCAAUGUUGAAGCUGAAUGCAAACAACGAAGGCCGCGAGAUCGCCGCGUUCGAGGAAGAAACUCUGGCGCUGAGACGGGAGCUGCAGGAGGCCCGGGCGUCCAAGUGUCUGGGAGGCGAGGGCCACGUGGCAAAGUGCGUAAACGCAACAUCAGCCCCGCCUGUCGCUACUUUCCAUACUACGCAAUCCUACGUAACCAGCACCCCCGUGCGUACCGCUCUAUCCGACACCUGUAGCCUCAUCCCCGCGCCAUCGUCAUCGACAUCGUCGUUGUCCUUGUUGGCCCCCCAACACCUCGCCUCGUUACUGCGAAACAACAACAACACGGAUCUGGCUCGCCACCAUUUCGCCUCCGACAAUCCGAUCGUUUAUCGGACCGCUGAUUGUAGCACCACCACCACCACCACCACCACCAGCGCAGCAGCCUCUUCUCUCGACGACCAGGGCCCCGUUUCGAGCAACGAGUCGCUCUCGGCGAUGGGCGGCGAUGAUAGCACAGGUCUCGAGGAGACCACCACCGGUUCCAGCGUCGCGGAAGUUGCCUCGUUGGGAGGGAGCUUCAAGGUGGAGCAAGGAAUCCUCGAUCGAGUGGAGAAGAAGCAGGAGGAGGAGGAGGAGGAGGAUGCGAGGAUCGCGGAGGAAGAGGACAGGGCGAAAGGAAACGACGAGGAGGACGAGGCUAUGGACUCCGCGAAGAGGAAUCCGGAGACGAACGGCAGGUGGAUCGCGGAGAAGAGAGCGAAGGCGGCGAGGAAAGAGGAGGAGUCGGGGCGCGGUGGUCAGCAUCGUUAUCAGCAGCAGCAGCAGCGAGCGGGAUCGAGGAAGUCGGGGAGGAAGAAGAGGGGUAGCUUGGUGUCGAGGAGAUCGUUGAGCGAGGCGGACAAGGUUAUGGAGAGGAACGAGAUGGGGGGGAGAGACGCGAGGAGAAGGGUGAGCAAGGACGAGGAUCGGAAUGGCGGCGACGACGACGUCGACGACGACGAAACGAGCCGAGCCAUCACCGAGAUCCCGGAAGUGGCCGUAGUCGGUGGUGGCUCCUUCGUGCCGAAAGAUCUCUGCUCGACGGGAAUCCUGACCUCCAGAGUCCUGACAGCACCUUCACGCGCUACCUACACCACCGCCUACAUUUAGGCUACGUACGCGCGGGGCCCCUGCCAAUCAAACGCGAACCGACGAGCAAGGGGGGCUUCAAGGGCUUGCUAGAGGCUACUACUAUGUACAUGUCGAAUAGCACGUAGGUCUAUCGUUGUUUCGCUCCUUCUCUUCUCUCUCUCUCUCUCUAUUUCUCUCUUUUUCUCUGUCUCUCCUCCUCUUUGUAUCUUUCUCGUCGUUACGUCUCUUCCUUGCCUCGCGGAUUCCGCUCGCGGAUUUAUUCCCCUUGGCUUCGUUUCGAAUCACGCGAGCCAAGUUUAAGUUUUUCGUGUGAAAAUUUUUUUUUUUUUUCUUUUUCCAAAGUAUUUGUAAUUCAUAGCGCGCGUGGAAGAGAGUUGGCACGUUUCGUACGUUCUUUCGGAGGUGAUCUCUGUCGAAGGUAUCGUUUAUCUCCUCCGUUUCUUCUUCUUUUACUUCUUUUUUUUUUUUUAGAGGUAGUUUUUAUCGGUCUCUGAAGUGACAACGAAAGAAGCAAAUUAAGCUCGACGUUUAAAAUGUUAAACUGUUGGAAAAUAUGUAGUAUUUUUUUUUUCUUUCUUUUUUUCUUUUUUUUUUUAGAAUUUGGGAAAUUUCUUUCAGUUUCACUUCACAGUUGUUGUUGUAAUUAGUUGUAAUUAGUUGAUUAUGUGGUAAGUAGGUAACAGUGUAAAUUACGUUGGCAUGGCUUUUGAGCUUGUUACACGAGCAUGCGUUUAAUUUCCGAAUUCUUUUUUAAUUAUCGUGUGGCUCGAUUCCUCAAAUUUUUACUCGAUGCGUGUAUUUUUAUAUUUAGACUAUAUUUUUAUAUUUUUCUUUUAACGAUUUUAUCUUUUCGAUUCAAUUUUUUCCCCGCAAACUCUUUUAACUCUUUUUAAAUCGACAUCAAGACUUUAUCGUUCGACGAAAAAUCAAACAUUUCUUUUAUAUAUAUAUAUAUUACAUUUCGAAGAAUAUAAUAUAGCAAGAGUACUCAACGUUCCAACAUCUUUUUUCUUCAAACUCUUCGACAGUUGCCAAUGUCAAUCUCGUUACAUUUCUAAAAGAUCGUCGAAGGGUGUUCAACUUGUCAUCUCGCAUCCCUGUUCGAAAAGAAAAUAGAAAUUAAAAAAAAAAAAAGGAAAAAAAGAACGAAGAAAAAAAAAAUAAAACCGAUUUUUUCCCCCCGAUAGAUUCGAGGAUGAGAUCGAAAGAAUCAACGUAUCAUUAUCGAUUAUACUCGUUGUAUUCCACCGUUUCGCUCAAACAUCAUAAAAAUGUCCCGGUGUGUACAGUUUAAACAAGCAAAGUCAAUUUUUAUCUUUCGAUCCGUUCGUUCGGUGGAAAUAACGGCCGCCACAGAUACACGUUUCUCCAUUUUUCCCUUCCUUUUAUCCAUUCUCUCUCUCUCUCUAUAUAUAUAUAUAUAUAUUUAUACAUCUCUGUAUAUCUCUCUAUCUCACUCGCUCACUCGCUCUCCCCCUCCUCCCGUUUCGAUGUAUGGAGUUUGUACACGGCAAUUUAAUAAAUGAUCAAA